GAUUAAAAACUUGCAUAAUUUAUAUACUGGCACUGGUGGUCCUACCUGUGCAAUGGAUACAUUUUCAUCAUACAAAUGACAUAAACCACAUGAAAAAUCUCAAAUAGAUGUGGUUUGAAAUAAUUUUCUCUUUGCAGUGGAUUUUCAGUAGCUGUUUCUAUUGUAUAAAUGAACAACCUCCUGCUGUUUGCCGACUAGUCGCCUGCAUGGUAUCUCAUGUCAGGCUGCUGGAAUUUGAGCUCUCAAAGGCCAUGGGCUGGUUUGUGUGCUCCUAUCAGGUCCUCAAUGUGUGUAAGUGAUAAUGUCCCAUUUCUUUUCACAAACGGAGCCUUACACUAGUGUGUGAAGAAGAUCAAGAGACAGAGAAUAUACAGACUCGUCACAGUGGGGUAAUUCCUUUAUUUUUGUAAUAAAAUCCACAAUGCAACUCAGCACAGAUAACAAGUGCUCCCAUUUACAAGUGCUCCUCGAGGGCCCCCACUGAUAGGUGAAUAAUUCUAGAUAGGUGGUUUACUGGAACCCAUCUCCUGACAGGUGUAAUAUUAGUCUACACAUCUUCCUCAGUUCCGCAGAUCGAGUUUCAAAUAGGAUUCCCUGGGUAAAGAUGCUUAAGUGGCGUUGAUGUCAUUGUACGGAAGUGAGUUGGACCACACUGCUGGGCACAGUUGUGACACAAGUAACCAGCGCCACUGAAGACAAUAGGAAGAAUCCGUGAGAGUUUCAACUUGGAAUUUUGGCUAAACUGGACGACUACUGGAGGUGUUCGAGAUGUCGCAUCAGACGGGUAUCCAUGCAAAUGCAGAUUUGAGGGAUUUUCUUGUGAAGGCAAGAAGGGGAGCUGUCAGACUAAUGAAGAUAGUUAUCAGGAGCGAGCAUCUGGUGUUAGGGGGAUAUCGAGAAGUGUCUCAGAGCUGGGAUCAGGAUUAUGACGCAUGUGUCUUGCCCAUGCUGGACACUCUGGAGCCUUGUUAUAUCCUUUACCGCCUCGACUCACAGAACCAACUGGGCUACGAGUGGCUCUUUAUCUCCUGGUCACCGGACCAGUCGCCAGUGAGGUUAAAGAUGGUGUAUGCUGCUACCCGAGCAACACUAAAGAAAGAGUUUGGUGGAAAUCACCUCAAAGAUGAGCUGUUUGGAACAGUCCAGGAAGACAUCUGUUUCCAAGGUUACUUACAGCACCUAUCCUCCUCCUCAAGCCCCGCCCCCCUCACCACUGCAGAGCAACAGCUCCAUCAGAUUAAAAUAACAGAGGAUAGAGUUGCACGGGACGAGCGAAGACGAGUUCCUGCUGUAAGUGGACGAGCAAAGACAGAGAUCAGCGUGGAAAGUAAAAAUCCCACUUUGCAGGGUUUGGCGUUCCCAUUGCAGCAGGAUGCUAAACACGCGUUACAGCAACUUAAACAUAAACGCAUCAAUUACAUUCAACUAAGGUUGGACACUGAAAAAGAGACGAUUGAGCUGGUCCACACUAGUCCUACCGAGGCACAAGAGCUGGCAAGCAGAAUCCCCACUGAUGCCCCACGAUACCAUUUUUUUGUGUACAAACACGCCCAUCAAGGACAGACAAUGGAAGCUGUAGUUUUCAUCUACUCCAUGCCUGGGUACAGCUGUAGCAUUAAAGAAAGGAUGUUAUACUCCAGCUGUAAGAAUCGACUGCUGGAUGAGGUGGAGAGAGACUAUCACAUAGAAAUCGCCAAAAAGAUGGAGAUUGACAGCGGAGAGGGGCUGACAGAAGAUUUUCUGUAUGAAGAGGUGUACCCAAAGCAGAAUGCUCUGAAACAAGCCUUCACCAAGCCAAAAGGCCCUACAGGGAAACGAGGAAACAAGCGCCUCAUCAGAGGAGCUGGAGAGAACGAUGAGAGCUAAAUUGAAUAUUGUCAAAAUAAAAUGACAUCUGACACAUAAUGUUUCAUUUCACUCUUAAUCAUCUUUAGCCUGUUUCAUAACUCAUAAGCAUUUGUUGUUAUUUUUUAUUUUACAUUUUACCUUUAUUCUUUAUAUUAUAUCUUACCUAAAUUUAUUUUAAAACUCAUUGUGUUGUUAAGAUUUUUAUGUUAUAAUUACAAUAAAAUAAAUGAAUC